AUGGAUCCUAGCAACCCUUACCGUUUUUGGGAUCAAAAUUUUGUUGAUCUUAUGAAUUCUCAAGAAAACUCCAACUGUUCCGAUAAUCCUAUUCCUCCAAAUUCCACCCAAUCCUCUCAGACUAUUCAGUUUAGUAACCCAUUCUCUUCUCAGCCUUUAAACAUUAGCCAUCCAUUCUCUUCACAGCCUCUUAACCAGACUCCCACAUCUGAAUCUGAAGACUGUUUGGAGGUUUCGACAGAUGAAACUGAUGAAGAAGGAGGCAGAGGAAUUAAGAACAAAGAUCCAGUGGUGAGCAACGAGCAGAGGAAAAAUAGUUUCUGGAAGAGGGUUGCAGACUAUUACAAAGCUCAUGUUGGAGGAACCAGUUCAAACGAAAGAGGGACUACACAAUGUAAGGCAAGGUGGAGUAAGAUAAACCACCAAGUCAACAAGUUUGUUGGGUGUUACGCACAAGCGAAAUGUGGCAAUAAGCGGACUAAGCUUGCUUCUGAAGGAGAAUUUGCAGCUACUUCGAGCAACGGUGGAGAUGAGAUGAGGCCUCCGGGGGUUAAAGCUGCCAAGAAAAAAGGAAAGAAACCAGCAGUUAGUAGUGAUGUUUCGGAUGGUUCUAUCCAUAAGUUGGAUAAGAUAAUAGCAAUGAAGGAUCAAGAACAGGCGGCUAAAGAGAGGCAUGGCAAAAUGAGAUUGCUAGAUAGCCUACUUAACAAGAGUGAACUAACACCCGCUGAAGUACUACUCCGAGCCUCUUUGUCUCUUCCUCCAUUAUCGCCGUUUUGA